AGUCGUUGGUAAACAACAGCUGUUGUCGAAGCUUAAGAGACGCCAACAUUGAAAAAUAAUAUAAACAAACAAACAAAACAAGAAAAUAUAUUCACAACCAUUAAGAAGUAAUAAGCUUAAGCUUACUCCAGCCCAUUAAAGAUUAGCCACAAUGUCUUCUCACGAAAUUAAAUUGGAGGUAUGUGUGGAUUCGAUUAAAUCGGCACUUGCCGCAGAAGAAGGCGGCGCGGCACGCAUCGAACUCUGUGCCGCGUUGCAGGAGGGCGGCUUGACGCCCACCACCGGAACGCUUAAGACUCUGAAGGAGCUGCCACUAGCAUUACCCAUUUGUUGCAUGCUGCGGCCACGACGUGGCACCGAUUUCGUCUACAGUGAGGAGGAGCUGCAGGCGACACUCACAGACAUGGAUUUGCUGAGAACCCAUGGCGCCGAUGGCUUCGUUUUUGGCGCACUUACGCCAGAGCGCACGAUUGACGUGGACAAGUGUCGACGUGUGAUGGAGCACUCUUACGGGCUGCCCGUCACCUUCCAUCGGGCCUUCGAUCUCACCGACCAUAAGUUUAUGCAUGAGAAUGUCGAGCUGCUCAAGGAACUGGGAUUCAAACGGAUCCUAAGCAGCGGGUUUCGAUCGUCAGCGGCCGAGGGUGUUGACUAUUUGGCACAACUAAUAGCGAAACAUCAUCGGGACAUUAUCAUUAUGCCCGGCGCCGGCAUCAAAGUAUCAAAUCUAGAAGAGAUCCUCACUGUCAGUCGCUGUUUGGAGUUCCAUGCGUCGGCAUUGGACACCGCCAGUGAAGACUACAGUGCUCCGACCACCACGCGCAUGGACUGUGACGUAACAAUGGGCAAACAGGACAUUGAUCCGUACUAUGGCACAAACGUGAACGUUGUGCGAAAAAUGGUCACCAUUGCCAGUGCCAUGAGCUGCAGAUAAACACAUAGAAAGCAAUACAAAUAUUUCAAUUGAAUUAUGCUUUGACUAUUUAUAAUGUACAUACAUAUAUAUGUAUAUAUAUAUUUAAAUAGUUGUCUCUUAGAGUAUACAUAACCAAGUUACCUUUUCGAGAUUCCAAUACAUUUGUUCCAAAAGAAAAGGUUGAUAAUUCAGUAGUUUAUUUUUCAUGUUCAAUAUUAAAUGUACAAAUUCUAAUAUAAAGAUAAAAAAAAUUAAAUUUAAAUAAAAAACAAAAAUCCGAGUUUAGCUCACUCGCUGCCAAAAUGGAGUUUGAUGCAGUUUAUGCAGAGCUCCACAGAAUAGAGAAGCAGUUGGAAAGAAUGCAAAAGAUCUUGCGGCGGACGAGUAUAACGACGGACUAUUUGCCUAAAAGGAAAACUUACUCGAGGACAGCUUCCAAUCGCUACUGAAAGGCAUAGCCUCUGCGGUUGGACACUCAUGUGCGGUUGGACACUUAUGUGCGGUUGGACACUCAUGUGUUCAUUGUGUUCAAAUAAAUAAAAAGAUCAAUGGGCAUACAUUUGAGUUAAAAGGAAAAAAAAAACAAGAAA